CUCGUUUUACACGGCUGGAUUAUUCCUGGACGCCAUUAACUUCUCUUUACAAUUAGGAGUUGCUGAUAGGGAAGAAAACAUUCUUUUCCCGAUCCCGGGUGAAAAGCUGUUGUUGAAGCCAAGCCAAGCAUGGAUCUCUUAGGAGCUUAUAGUGACUCGGAUGCUGAGGAUCAAGGCGACGUUAGAGAGGAGUCCAGGCCAGGCCCAUCGACAUCACAACCGCUCGUCGCUCCUGCACAGUUACGAAACGCAGCCCCCGAUCCGGAGCCAGACAAGCCCGCGGCGCUAUUCAACCCAUUUGCAUCAGACAUGGAUACAGAACGGCCUGCGUCACAUUCAACCGCCUCCCCCUCAGGCAGCGGCGGGAGCGGCCCCAAGCGCGGCUUCACGCAGGUCACCGGCAGCGGACCGCUGCAGGCCGCCCCGCCCAAGGCCUCCCGCACCGCCUCCUCCCCAACCGGCCCCAAACCCGCUUUCAAGGGCGCGAUGCUGGUGCCGCCACAGCUGCGGAAUGGCAGAGCCAACGUAGCAACGGAGGAUGUGGAGAAGAUCUUCUCAAAGGGCAAUUUAGCAAAGCGGCCGGCAAAGGAACAGACGAGGGAGUAGCAAGGUGCCAGCUGGUGAAGGGACCACGCCUUGUAAGCGCCGUGUUACGUUUUUUGCGAGCCUCGUUGCUAAGGGAAGGAUCCCGCAGAAGCGGGACCGGGCGUGCUUUGUCAGGUGCAGCCGCAAAAUUCCUGGCCAUUUCUUUACUGAAACGUUCCCUUGGAUUCUGCUUUCGUAUGUUGUUCGUUUCUUGGUGGGGUCGUCGGUUGGCUGCGCGGGGAGGGAUUCGGAGCCGGAAGCCGCGGCACGUGAUCGAUUACGUCCGGUUCGGGAACUUCGAUGAACGCAGUAAUACGACAAAAUGCUUCCAUGUCUGAAUGACACAUAGCAGCGUGUUCAUUUUAAAUUAGAAUGCUGGCAAUCGAUUUUGGUAUGAGCGUUCCCGUGG